AUGCCACCAGCUAUGAUGGGACCUGACGCGCAGCAACGCAUUGCUGUAGAGGCAGCGGACAUACAGACAUAUCCAAACAAUGCGUGGACACGAUCAACCAAUUCCGACGAUUCCGACCUCACCCAUCCCCACGAUGCAUCGCCGUCGGGCUGUCCAGAAACCCCUCUCCCGCCUUCCAUCCUCAAAUUGCCGAAAGAAAUUCUGUCACAGAUCAACGCGAGCUUCGCCGGCACGCCUCUGUCCGCCUCUUUGUCCAACCCCCCGAUACUUCCUACGCCACUGUUAGGUUCAAAGAUACGAUGGGAGGGUAGUUGGUAUGAUGGAUGGGAGCCCAAAUGGGGUUCUAUACAACCCGACGAGGACAAGGUCCGCAUGGUUGCGAAACCCUUUCUGCGUUUCUGUGGUAUCGAUCCAUCCAACUUCUCCGUCCUCCCAUUCCACCAAGGCAUGUGGAACAAACUCUACCUCAUCAAGUCAACGGACAAGUCGACGCAUGUCACCACAGAGCGCAUCUUCCGGAUUUCACUCCCCGUCAACCCGUGGUUCAAAAUCCAGAGCGAGGUGGCCACGAUGGAAUAUAUUCGUUUGAAGACGUCCAUACCAGUGCCAAAGGUGUACAUCUUUGAGUCGUCGAUGGAGAACGACCUUGGCUUCGAAUGGAUGAUAAUGGAGAAGAUCGAUGGCCAAACCUUCGCCGUCGCAGAGAAUUCCAUGAGCCAAGUGGCAAAGGAGCGCCUCAAUACGACCAUCGCCGAUUGGGUCCACGAACUCGCCAUGUUACAGUUUGACGUCAUUGGCAGUCUCUAUCGGGAGUGGGAUCCUACCAAGGACAACUAUCUCGAGUUCCGCUUAGGCCCCGUGACGACCGAUUACUUCCUCGGCCCAUGGAGGACGGAAAGACCUGUCUUCAAAGGUCCCUUUAGAAAUGAAGCCGAGCUCUAUCGGGCAGUAGUCAUGCUCAAUUUGCAAGACAUUCUUGAUCCGAAGCAGCUUGAUCGUGCUAAGCGUGCCUGGGCGAACGAGGACGGCUACGAGUACGUUUCCUCAGACCAAGCUAUGGGGAUUGAGGAUGAUUGCGACUCAGAUUCAUCAGGCAAAACUCCGACCUUUGAAUCAUACUCCACCGUAUACUCCGAUGAACAAUCUUUUCAACCUUGCGGCGUACAACAAGCAUGCUUUACACUGUUUGACGUCCUUCCGCUUGUUGAAAGAAGACUCGAGAAGUCGCCGCGUAAAUACAUCUUGCACCAUUUCGACAUUUCAAAACAAAACGUUCUAUUGAACGACGACAGAGACGCAAUUGCUCUGCUGGAUUGGGAGAACAUUGCCACAAAGUCGCUGUCCCAGAUAGAUCCCUGGCCGUCCAUCAUCGACUCUACUAGGUACGACUUACCGGAGCCGUGGCAGGAGAGCACACCGAAACCCAGCUGGCGUCUUAAGGCCGAAAAGAAUUACACUACCCGUCUGACUGCAGACAUUUUCAUGUCGCGACUCAAGAAACUCCAAUCGCCGUGGCCACAGAUUGAUACAACGGGCGCGGAGGAGAACUGUGUAGACAUGUUCGAGGAGGAUCUCGCAGAGCUGGGGGCUGUGGCUGAGAGAUUAUACGCUUCGUGGGGUGAGACGGAGAUCUGUGACAGAAUUAGGGAGAAGUGCGGUGAUGCCUUCCUACCUCUUGCGGUCCAAGCCCCCAGAGUGACAGUAAGGGAGGAUCAUCAGACGAGUCCGCGACAUUAUUCCUCAUUCCGCCAUAUUAUAUCCAAUCGCUUGAAGUUUAUAAUUCAUCGGAAGGGCGAUGUGCGGAAACAGUAG